CUCGUACAGUAGCCUCCGCUUGAAUGGAGGUGUAAGAGCGGCGCGGUGCACACUCGCAGACAACCCUAUGUACACCUCAGUACCCUGGUGAGCCCUGUCUGGAGCACAUGCUGCAGGGAAGGCCCUCCAGUCGGCGCCAGCUGGACUUCCUCUUCUUAAAUGGGACCGAGGGGGGAAGAGGUCUCAUUUACACCUUUCACACAGAAACCAAAAUGGGGUGGAUCUUCACAGGGGUAUUUGUUUCCUAUCAAAUAUGAUGAGAAAAAGCAUCCAUUGAGCCAGCAUCACAAUAGGCGCCAUGGCAACUGCAUCAUGAAAGAGACUGUCUCCAUGGCGAUUCGAAUGGUACCUCACAAGUAGGUUGAUGAAAGAGAGAAAAAGGAGGAGGGGCUGGAGGAGAUGCCAUGGUGCGUGGGAGAUGAACAGUUACAUAUUAGAUAAUUGAAGAUAAACUUUAGAUUAGAUAGAAACCUUUGGCCCUUUUUAAUCCCGGUAAAGUGUUCAGUUCUUUUCCGUGUGGAAGGAUCAUGACGUCAAGGUCAACCUUUCACUGUCCUUCAGACAACCCUGCGCUCAUCCCGCUGUCACUGCAGCCUCCAUCUUUUUCUCUGCCUCUGUUUCUCUAUGCCAACAUGAUAACGUUGUUACAGCUAUCAAUCAUUCAAAAAAGUAUUGAUUACAAUAUGUGGUAUAGGUUGACCUUGUGGUUGGAUCCAGUCAAGCUGUACCCAUACACAGUUGCUGAUCAGUCCAUCCCAUAAUGUGGACGCUGUAAUUGUGUUUGAUAAUGAUUUGGCCUGUUCAUGAUAUGGCUCCUCUAGCUCUUGCCGUCUCUCCUCAGUAAUGGGCCUCUCCUCAGUGUCAUUGAUAUGAAAAUGAGUCCGAGGAGCUAUGAUGUGUGCCAGGUGCUCAGGACACUCCAGCUGAGCUCAGCCCAGGAGGAGAAGCCCUCACUUGGGAAACAUAGCCUCAUACUGGGGGAGGGGGAAUGGUGACCAAACGCACUUGGACAAUCACUCCACCUAAUUCAUAACACACAGGUAGGAGGGGGAGGAGGCGAAACGGAGAGGAAGGGGGUCAGUAAAAGGAGGGGUGAGAGAGGAGGGUGACAGAGUCCUCUUGUGUUGUGGUUGGGCCACUCAGACGCUCCUCUAGGGUAAGGCCAGUCACACAGACGAAACACACGAACAGAAGGCGAGACAGACUGAGAAAAGGAUCCUGCAGAUCGACAGGACAGAAGCACAGAAACGGACAGAGAGAAAAACGAGACAGAUAAUUACACACUCAAGCUGUUAAACAUGACACUGCGUGAGGUGAGUUUAAAAAAACAUUUUUUUAAAGUUCCUACACAACAUAGAAAGGCUUUAUCGAACAUUCAUAAAUAAAGUUUCCAUGAGCCCAAUGUAGAUGCUUACUUUUCCUUUAUCUUACUUCACCUGUACUUAACUAAUGUUGGUCCAAGACAACAAAUGACGAUUUACAAUGACAGCCUUGUGAGUGUGGCUGUGUGUGUGUGUAUUAAAAAAAAAAAUGCUUGGUUUUAACACCGGUUGGCAAGAAGUGAUUGGACAUUAUUAGUCAAGUUAUUUUAAUAACAUGAGCCUUUGAGCAACGUGGCAGUAAGGCCUCUUCAGACAUUGAUAAUGAUCAAUCCACAGGUUAGUUCCACAACUUCAUAACUUGCUAGGCCAUUUGAUUUGGAUUGUGCCCACAUUUACCAUAAUCUAAUGAUAAGUGUUCAGGAUAAGCCGGAAUGGACGUAUCAGAGUGGCGUGGGUUGGUUAGCAUGCUAAUAAAACUCAUAUGUGUAUAUUCUAGACACUGGGUUUGAUAUGGUAUUUACAAUGGUAGGUUAAUGCUAUAUCCUCCUGAGACCCGGAGAAAAAAAAGGUUUGGGAUUUGUAUAUUUUUGUGGGGAUAUAGUGCUUUAAAAAACCAUAGUUGCAGCAUCCGGGUAUCCACUACAGAGGACAUUUCCUCUUAUUUAGCUCUUAUUUAAUGUGAACAAAUUAUUACACAGUCCUGACAACUCACUUAACUAUUCCUGAUAUAUUUACUUACUAGAAACAAUUUGAAUAUCAAACUCACAAAAAUGAACAUUAAUAAUUACAUACAAAAUCAUCAAUACUGAAACUUUCAGAUGACGUUUGUGAGUGAAUUGAAAAUGUUAAAUUGCUUUCAUGAGCUUUUUCUCUCACUGCCCUGAAUUUAAGACACGGGUUUAGCUGUCUGGGAAUUAAGAACAUGUCCAAUAUCAACAUGUCCUUUAUUUUGAGGAAUCUAAUUUCUUCUUGACUUCCUGCCUAAGAACAUUUCCAAUAACCUUUUGAAGGAAUAGCAACUUUGCUUAACUUUCUUCUUUAAGUCUAUAGUUAAGGAUAAAAUGGCAUUUAUGAAGAAAAGUCUUCUUAAAAACGUUUUGUGAGUCCGGCCCCAGGAAGAUAAAGUUGUCAAGGUCACACCCCCACAUAUGUGAUAUGAUUGUAUGGCCUCAGAGAUAUGCACAAAGAACUGAUGUCCACUAGAGAGUACAAAAAUGAAUAGCUUUGUCUCAGGAGGAUUAAAACAUGUGCCUCUGUUCCCUCUCCCUGAGGAGUUGCGUAGUCGUGAGUUCUGGCGUGCCAUGCUGGCCGAGCUGCUGGGUUCCCUGGUGUUUGUGAGUGCUGUUCUGGGGGCCUCUGUGCCGGGCCCUGGAGAGGCCUCCACGGGGCCCCUCUACCCAGCCCUGGCUGCAGGCAUGGUGGCUGUUGCCCUGGGACACUGUUUUGGAGAGAUCAGUGGAGCACAGGUGAACCCAGCAGUUACCCUGUCUCUGUUGGCCACGCGGAAGCUGGACCUGGUGAGGGCCCUGGUGUACGUGGGAGCCCAGUGUCUGGGGGCCUCCCUGGGGGCCGGGGCUCUCUACUUCGCCCUGCCCCUCAAAACCACCGCAGACUGCUUCGUCAGCAGGGUUCCUCUCGAGGUGAACGCGGCCCAGGCUCUAGGGAUGGAGCUUCUGUCAACGUUCCAGCUGGUCUUCACUGUGUUCUCCGUGGAGGACCACCGUCGGAGGGAGUACACAGAACCAGGGAACCUGGCCAUCGGCUUCUCUCUCAGCGCAGGCGUGCUCAUCGGGGGUCGGUUCUCUGGAGGCAGUAUGAACCCGGCACGUUCCCUGGGUCCAGCCAUCAUCACUGGCUUCUGGGAAAACCACUGGGUGUACUGGAUUGGACCGGUGCUGGGUGCAGUGCUGGCCGGGGUGUCCCAUGAGUUCUUCUUUGCCCCGAGUGCAUCGAGGCAGAAGCUGGUUGCGUGUCUGACCUGUAAGGACAUAGAGAUGGUGGAGGCAACCAGCGUAUCCCGGUCCUCCCUGUCCACCGUCACCCAGACCGCCAUGAGGGCUAAGCAGGUCAACAAACAGGAGCAAAACUAGAAAGGGACACAUCAUGCUACACAACAAUAUGUAGUGGGGUCUGAAAUGAUUGACACCCUUGAUAAAGAUGAGCAAUAAUGACUGUAUACAAUAAAUUAUUCAAAUAAUGAGCUAAAUUGACUUCAGAAGGUUUUCAUACCCCUUGACUUAUUCCACAUUUUACAGACUGAAUUAAAAAUGGAUUCAAUAGAUGUUUUUCUUACCUAUCUACAUACAAUACACCAUAAUGACAAAGUGAAAACCUGUUUUUAGAUUUUUUUGGGCUAAUUUAUUGAAAACGAAAUACAUAAAUGUCUCAUUUAAAUAAGUAUUCACGCCUCUUUGCUAUGACACUCCAAAUUGAGCUCAGGUGCAUUCAAUUUCCUUUUGAUCAUCCUUGAGAUGUUGCUACAACUUGACUGGAGUCCAACUGUGGUCAAUUCAAUUGUUCGGACAUGGUUUAGAAAGAAACACACCUGUCUAUAUAAGGUCCCACAGAUGGCAGUGCAUUUCAGAGCAGAAACUAUAAGUCCAAGGAACUGCCAGUAGAUCACCGAGAUAGAAUUGUGACGAGGCGUAUAUUUGUGGAAGGGUAUAAAACCAUUUCUAUAGUGUUGAAAGUUUCCAAGAGCACAGUGGUCUCCAUUGUUGGGAAAUUGAAAAAAUAUGGAACUACCUAGACUCUGACUAGAGCUGGCCGUCUGACCAAACUGAGCAACCGGGCAAGAAAGACCUUGGUCAGGGUGGUGACUAAGAACCCAAUGACCACUCUGACAGAACUACAGAGUUCCUUGGCUGAGAUGGGAGAACCUGCCAGAUGGCUAUGUCUCUACAGCACUUCAUCAAGUUUGACUUUACGGGAGAGUGGCCAGACAGAAGCUGCUCCUGACAAAAAGGUAAAUGACAGCACACAAAAAAGUUUGCGAAAAGGCAAAAGAAUCUGUCGUCUGAAGAGACAAUGUUACUCUUUGGCCUGAAUGCAAAGCGCUGUGUCCGGAGAGAACCAAGCACAGCUCAUCACCCAUCUAACAUCAUCCCUACCGUGAAGCAUGGUGGUGGCAGCAUCAUGCUAUGGGGAUGCCUUUCAGCGGCAUGGACUGGGGAGACUGGUAAGGAUAGAGGGAACAAUGAAUGAAGCCAAAUACAGGCAAAUCCUUAAUGAGAACUUGCUUCAGAGUGCAAACGACCUAAGACUGGGGCAACGCUGGAAUGGCUUCAGAACAAGAAUGUUGAAAGUCCUUGAGUUGCCCGGCCAAAGCCUAGACUUGAAUCUUAUUGAAAAUCUGUGGAAAUCUGUUCACCGCCACUCCCCUUCCAAUUGAACAAAGCUUGAAAAAGAAUAAUGGGUGAAAAUCCACAAAUUGAGAUGUGCAGAGCUGAUACCAACAUACCCAAGCUGUAAUCACUGCCAAAGGUGCUUCUACAAAGUAUUGACUCAGGGGUGUGGAUAGUUAUGUAAAUGAGAUAUUUCUGUAUUUAAUUUUCAAUACAUUUGCAAAAAAUGUAUAAAAACACGUGUUUUACUCGUUAUGGAGCGUUGUAUGCAGAUCGGUUAGAAAAAUAUAUAUUUAAUCCAUUUUGAAUUCAGACUGUCACACAACAAAAUGUGGAAUAAGUCCAGGGGUAUGAAUACUUUCUGAGGUACACAUAAAAAAAAGGGGGAAAUUAUAUUAUUUUAUACUAACACAAUUGCACAGAGAAAGAGAUUUAGUUUAGCAAGUCAUAUGGUUUCCCCUUUAAAAAGGUAAAUGUUAUUGACUCCUCUAAAGACUCUUAGAAAUUAAGUACUCAAACGUUUUGUAUUUUGUCCCGUAUUCCUACCACGCAAUGAUUACAUCAAGCGUGUGACGUUACAAACUUGCUGGAUGCAUUUGCAUUUCGUUUUGGUUGUGUUUAAGAUUAUUUGUGUCCUAUAGAAAUUCAUGGUAAAUAAUGUUUUGUGUCGUUUUGGAGUCACUUUUAUUGUAAAUAAGAAGAGAAUAUGUUUCCAUUCACUUCUACAUUAAUGUGGAUGCUACCAUGAUCACGGAUAAUCCUGAAUGAAUUGUGAAUAAUGAUGAGUGAUAAAGUUACAUAGGGUCAAAGAUCAUACCCCAAGACACGCUAACCUCUCACCUUUACCGAUAACAGGGGAUGUUAGCAUUCCUUGUGAGGUAUGAUCUUUGACCCUAUGUAACUUUAUCACUCAUUAUUAUUCUACAAUUCACCAGAAAGACAAGGCACUCUGGGAAAUAUGCAAAUAACACUUUACACUAAGCAGUGUAUUAAUUUAACACUGAAAAGUGUGGACCUGUAUAGACAGUGGACCAGUGUUUCAUUUAACACUGGAGAAUUUUCUGUGUACAUUAGCAUAAGAUAAAUGCGAUAUUAUGAACUGGGUGGUUCGAGCCCUGAAUGCUGAUUGGCUGACAGUUGUGGUAUAUCAGACAAACAUUUAUUUUUACGUUGGUAACCAGUUGAUAAUAGCAAUUAGGCACCUCGUAGGUUUGUGGUAUAUGGCCAAUAUACCACGGCCAAGGACUGUAUCCAGGCUCUCCACGUUGCGUUGUGCAUAUCAACAGCCCUUAGCCGUGGUAUAAUGGCCAUAUACCACACACCCCCCCGGCCUUAUUGCUUAAAUACGUAUAAUAUAAAUAUACAUAUAACGAUGAAGACAACACAGUUAUAGUUUCUAAUUACAUAUGAAUGUGUAGCCUUCACACUUAGCCAGAACAUGUCAAAUUGUACAUACAUUAUAUAUAUAUUACACAAUUUGAUCAAUAUUCAGUGUUAUCAGUGAUGUUAUUCUAAUUUACGGAGAAAUGUGAUGUAUAACCCAACAACCACUCAAAGAAAUGUCCGUUUUGUAACACAGAAUCCUUUUAUUUUAGCAUUACUCACCCUGUCGUCUGUGAAUGCUUUGAAAUGCUAAAGAGGCCAGCGGUCUGUACUCUGAUCACUGACACGCUAACAUAGGCCACCAUCUCUGUCCUCUCUUCCUAAGGCUCUCUCAUCUCAAAGCUCUUGUUAUUCUGCUAUUCACUGUCAAAUCAGUCCUCAGACAAGAGCCCUCGAAUGGCCCAGGUCUAAACAGGUUGUGGGAUCAGCUUUUCACAGACGCGCUCCCUACCCCCUUCUUCAAGAUUCUGGGGGUUUGUAAUUAGCAAUUGUAGGCGGAAAACAUUUUGGGGAGAUGAAGUACCUUUUUGAAUGUGUUUAGGUUUUUUGUUACCUGAAUUGCUAUGGAUGUCUCGUUGCAAAUGGUCAACUUUUUGAAUUGUUUUUGUUAACUGCAUAAAGCUAUGGAUGUUUAAGAAUUAAAAGCUGGGCAAUCGUUA